AAAGAAAGCGGACGAGCGAGAUCUUGAUUGGCCGUCGAAAGUUGUUUACGUUAGGAAACUACGGUUUGAAAGUUGCUGCGGUGAUCAGGUGCGAUCAGGGCAAGGCGAGGCCGUGUUACAUUGUCGGCGUUUACGAUCCGUACAUCUUGUGCCGAGCUCGACGAUGGUGCGAUACACCGCCCUGAAAGGAUUAUACGAGCUGGAGAAAACGAUCGGUAGCGGUGGCUUUGCCAAAGUCAAACUCGCUACUCAUGUCGCUACCGGCGAAAAGGUUGCUAUCAAGAUUAUGGAGAAGACUGCAUUAGGCGAAGACUUGCCAAGGGUAAAGAUCGAAGUGGAGGCACUUAAGACCCUAUUGCAUAAACAUAUUUGUAGACUGUAUCAAGUGAUAGAAACAGACAGUCAUUACUUUAUGGUGAUGGAAUAUUGUUCUGGUGGAGAACUGUUUGACCAUAUAGUGGAGAAAAAUAGAUUGCCAGAAUCUGAUUCGCGCAAAUUUUUUUGUCAGAUAGUUUCUGCUGUUGCAUACAUGCAUAAUUUAGGAUAUGCUCAUAGAGAUCUGAAGCCAGAGAAUGUUUUACUCGAUAAAGAUGAGAAUUUAAAGUUAAUUGAUUUUGGAUUGUGCGCAAAACCCAAGAUGGGAAUUCAGGCACAUUUAUAUACCUCUUGCGGUUCUCCUACAUAUGCUGCACCAGAGCUCAUAAUGGGAAAAAAAUAUCUAGGUUCAGAAGUAGAUAUCUGGAGUAUGGGAGUCCUUCUUUAUGCUCUACUGUGUGGUUUUUUGCCUUUUGAUGACAAUAAUUUAGAAACUUUAUACAAAAAGAUACUUAGUGGUAAAUAUGAGGAACCAUAUUGGUUGUCUAAUAAUAGUAAAAUGCUCAUCAAGUCAAUGUUACAAAUUGACCCGGCAAAGAGAAUCACUAUUCACGAAUUAUGUUGUCAUCCAUGGGUUACAGGAAAUUCUCUGAAAUCUAUAUCAUUUAUUCAUAGAACAGAAUUUGAAAAAGAUGAUGAAGUACUGGGUACAAUGUCUGCCAUUUGCGGUAUGAACAAUACAGAUAUAUGGAAAAAACUUGUACAGAGUGAUAGAACUGAUUAUAGAACAGCUACAUAUUUGUUGUUACUUGACAGAAAAUUGCGUGGACUGGCAUUGAAAAUAACAUCUACGUCAAGGCCUCAUUUUAAACAAGAAACAAACGGCACAAAUUUUCUACAACGUGAAAUAAUAGUCAAGAAUUUCAUAACCAAACUUGAUCAUUCUCCAAGAAAUAGAAUAAACAACGAGCAAUCUCCAACGAUUGAUGUCACUUACGAUGUCUUGCCUAAAAAAAAUGAAAACAACUUUGUAGAACCAUGCAUAUCGACAAGGAAAAGAUUACGAAGUAGAGACUGUGAUGAUGUAUCAUCGCCCGUUCCAGCAAAGAAACCAUCUGAACAUAGAUCAGCUACUCCAACACAAUCCUCAACGCCAGAUUCCAAAGUUUCCCAAACAUCUACACCUGGUAGUGCAAGAAAAGUUAUCAUGGGCUUAGAGCGAGGGUUGAAUCGGGUAAGGUGUGUUCUUACACCGAAAAGGCGAGUGAAGAACGAAAACACUGAUCCCGAUGAACCAACUGUAUUGUCGGGAAAGGGCCUUUCUAAUGUAUCCGCAACAUGCAGUGGUUGUCCAAAACAUGUCCUCUCGAAAUUACGACGAGCGCUUCGACAAAAGGGUAUAAUGUGCCGCCAGAAAGGAUUUAUUUUGCAAGGGGAAACUGAAGAAUCUUUUACUGAAGAGAAGAAAGAUUCGUCCAAAUCGAUUUCCUCGCAGAAUUCUUGUUCCUUCGAACUGGAAGUCUGUCUUUUGGAGAUCGGUCCGAAUGGUAAACGUUUAGUCGGCAUUCGUCGAAAAAGACUAAAAGGUGAUGCAUGGGUUUAUAAACGCGUUUGUGAGCAAAUUCUUGCUCUCACUGUAGAGGAUAUUUCCACAGAUGGAGAAGUUCCCUCUGAAUCGAAGUGUCCUAUUUGAAAUGUUUUUUUCAUUGUUAUAUAUAUUUAUAAUGUAGAUUUCUCUGGCACUCUUAACAAUGUAAUUAUAUAAGAGUGACCAUCUAAUAAUUAUACAAUAAUACUAAGAUAUGUUUUAUAACAAAAAAUCGACGUUAUGUGCAACAGAUAGUAUAAGACAAAAAAUAUAAUGCAAUUUUUAAAUAUAUUCUAAUGUUUAACUUAUCAGGAAGAGAUUAUUUGCUUGUAAAAUGUACAUUUAUUUUCGCUAAAGACAUAAAGUUGUCUAUAUAACUAAGUAGCAGAUCUCUAAAGAUCUCUAAAUAUAUUUCUCGAGGUACGGGUAAUGUAAGUGAAAUUAUAAUGUAUUUACGUGAUAUGUCAAUUUAAUAAAUUAUCAUCGCUUCUAU